CGCGGGCCCGCUGGAGCCCCCGGAGCCACCCGAAGCGCCCGCGAGCCGCCAGCCGGGAGGGAUCCGGGUCCUGAAGAGAAAUAUGAAACGCAAUGGAAGCAGAAAUUGUUUGAAUAGGAGAAGUAGGUUUGGUUCUCGAGAAAGAGACUGGCUGAGAGAAGAUGUGAAGAGAGGCUGUGUUUACCUUUAUGGAGCAGACACUACCACUGCCACUACAACCACCACCACCACCUCCUCCUCCUCUUCUUCCUCAUCCUCCUCUGAUGUACAUCUCGUCCUUUGCACGGUAGAGACACCGGCAUCAGAAAUAUGUGCUGGAGAAGGAAGAGAAAGUCUUUAUUUACAGCUUCAUGGAGACCUGGUCAGUAUUGUUUUCUUUUCAGAAAAACCAUGCCAGAUGGAUCACCUGGAUCGAAUCCUGCUGUCUGGCAUCUAUAAUGUACGCAAGGGAAAGACUCAGCUGCAUAAGUGGGCUGAGCGCCUGGUGGUUCUCUGUGGUACCUGCCUUAUCGUUUCCUCGGUGAAGGAUUGUCAAACUGGAAAGAUGCACAUUUUGCCUCUGGUUGGGGGAAAGAUAGAAGAAGUGAAGCGACGGCAGUACUCCCUGGCAUUCAGCUCAGCUGGGGCCCAAGCUCAGACCUAUCAUGUCAGCUUUGAGACUUUGGCGGAGUACCAGAGAUGGCAGCGGCAAGCAUCCAAGGUCAUCAAAAGCAUUGAUGUCUCUCGUAAAGAUGUAGUAACAGAUUUUAUUGAAAUGCAAUAUAAACUUUUGCCUUUGCUCUUUAGAUUUUCUCAGCUGAAGGGCCUGAACUUGUCCCAUAAUAAACUUGGGUCGUUUCCUGUGUUGUUGUGUGAGAUCUCUACCCUGACUGAGCUCAACCUUUCCUGCAAUGGAUUUCACGACCUGCCGAGUCAGAUUGGCAAUCUGCUGAAUCUUCAAACUCUCUGUCUUGAUGGCAACUCUCUGACUACUUUACCUGAAGAAUUGGGAAAUCUACAACAGCUUUCCUCCCUGGGAAUUUCUUUCAACGACUUUAGUCAAAUUCCUGAGGUUUAUGAGAAGCUCACUAUGUUAGAUAAAGUGGUUAUGGCAGGAAAUUGCCUGGAAGUCCUCAACCUAGGGGUGCUGAGCAGGAUGAACCAUGUCAAGCACGUAGAUUUGAGGAUGAACCAUUUGAAAACCAUGGUUAUUGAAAAUCUAGAGGGAAAUAAAUACAUCACCCACAUGGAUCUCCGGGACAAUCAGCUGACCGACUUGGAUCUCAGCUCCCUGUGUGGGUUGGAGCAGCUGCACUGCGAGCGGAACCAGCUGAGAGAGCUGACCCUCAGCGGCUUCUCCCUGCGCACUCUCUACGCCAGUUCCAACAGGCUGACAGCAGUGAAUGUCUAUCCAGUACCCAGUCUACUCACUUCCCUAGAACUCUCCCGAAACCUGCUAGAAUGUGUUCCUGACUGGGCCUGUGACUCAAAGAAGAUAGAAAUAUUAGAUAUGAGCUAUAAUCUUCUCACAGAGGUUCCUAUGAGAAUUCUGAGUAGCUUGAGCCUUAGGAAACUGAUGGUGGGACACAAUCAGGUGCAGAGCCUCCCCGCCCUGGUGGAGCACAUCCCCCUGGAGGUGUUGGAUAUUCAGCAUAAUGUACUCACUAGGCUGCCGGACACUCUCUUCUCCAAGGCCUUAAAUCUCAGAUACUUGAAUGCAUCUGCAAAUAGUUUGGAGUCUUUACCAUCUGCCUGCACCGGGGAGGAGAGCCUGAGUAUGCUGCAGCUGCUUUAUUUGACCAACAAUCUCCUGACAGAUCAGUGUAUACCUGUCCUGGUUGGACACCCUCACCUGCGAAUCUUGCACCUUGCAAACAACCAGCUACAGACCUUUCCUGCAAGCAAACUAAAUAAAUUGGAGCAAUUGGAGGAACUGAACCUAAGUGGCAAUAAGCUUAAAACCAUUCCCACAACCAUAGCAAACUGCAAAAGGCUGCACACCCUUGUCGCACACUCCAACAACAUCAGCAUUUUCCCGGAAAUACUGCAGUUGCCUCAGAUCCAGUUUGUAGACCUGAGUUGCAACGACUUGACAGAAAUCCUGAUUCCAGAGGCACUGCCCGUCACGUUACAAGACCUUGACCUGACUGGAAAUACAAAUCUGGUUCUGGAACACAAGACUCUGGACAUAUUUAGCCAUAUCACAACCCUGAAAAUUGAUCAGAAACCUUUGCCAACCACAGAUUCUACAGUCACAUCAACCUUCUGGAGCCACGGACUGGCUGAAAUGGCAGGGCAGAGAAAUAAGCUGUGCGUUUCUGCACUUGCCAUGGAUAACUUUGCGGAGGGAGUGGGAGCUGUGUACGGCAUGUUUGAUGGGGACCGAAACGAGGAGCUCCCUCGCCUGCUCCAGUGCACGAUGGCAGAUGUACUUGUGGAAGAGGUGCAGCAGUCAACAAAUGACAUGGUUUUCAUGGCUAACACCUUCUUGGUGUCUCACAGGAAACUAGGAAUGGCCGGCCAGAAGCUGGGCUCCUCUGCUCUCCUGUGCUACAUCCGCCCUGACACUGCCGACCCAGCAAGCAGUUUUAGCUUGACUGUGGCCAAUGUUGGCACGUGCCAAGCAGUCCUGUGCCGAAGUGGGAAGCCACUGCCCCUCUCUAAAGUCUUCAGCCUGGAGCAGGACCCAGAGGAAGCACAAAGGGUGAAGGAACAAAAAGCCAUCAUUACAGAGGACAACAAAGUGAAUGGGGUCACCUGCUGUACCCGCAUGCUGGGCUGUACUUACCUCUACCCCUGGAUCCUCCCCAAACCCCACAUUUCUUCCACUCCGCUUACCAUUCAAGAUGAAUUGCUGAUUCUAGGCAACAAAGCAUUGUGGGAACACUUGUCGUAUACGGAAGCUGUCAAUGCAGUGCGUCACGUACAAGACCCAUUAGCAGCUGCCAAGAAGCUGUGUACGUUAGCACAGAGCUAUGGUUGUCAGGACAAUGUAGGGGCGAUGGUGGUUUAUUUGAACAUUGGUGAGGAAGGCUGCACUUGCGAAAUGAAUGGACUCACCCUCCCAGGUCCUGUGGGAUUUGCUUCGACCACCACCAUCAAGGAUGCCCCCAAGCCCACCACUCCCUCCUCUAGCAGUGGGAUUGCCUCUGAGUUCAGCAGUGAGAUGUCCACCUCGGAGGUGAGCAGUGAAGUGGGCUCCACUGCUUCUGACGAGCAUAAUGCCGCGGGCCUGGAUGCUGCCUUGCUUCCACGGCCAGAGAGGCGCUGCAGCCUUCAUCCAGCGCCCACCUCUGGGGUCUUUCAGCGCCAGCCUUCUUGUGCCACCUUUUCCAGUAAUCAGUCUGACAACGGCCUGGACAGCGAUGAUGACCAGCCUGUUGAAGGGGUCAUAACCAAUGGCAGCAAGGUGGAAGUGGAAGUAGAUAUCCACUGCUGCAGAGGAAGAGAUCUCGAGAGCUCUCCUGCUCUUGCUGAGAAUCCUCCUGCCCUGUGUCCUGAGGAGCAUGCUAGAGGGUUGGGAUUUGGGAUCCGAAGACAGAGCAGUGUGACUAGUGGCAUACUGCUGCCAGUGAGUAAGGACAGGAUAGAGUUACAGAAGUCUCCCUCCACUUCCUGUCUCUAUGGAAAGAAACUCUCGAACGGCUCUAUCGUGCCCCUAGAAGACAGCCUGAACCUCAUCGAAGUGGCCACAGAAGCACCCAAGAGGAAGACUGGCUAUUUUGCUGCCCCCACUCAGCUGGAACCGGAGGAUCAGUUUGUUGUACCUCGUGACCUGGAAGAAGAAGUGAAGGAACAGAUGAAACAGCACCAGGAAAGCAGGCUCGAGCCCGAGCCCAAUGAUGAGGAUCGGACCGAGCCCCCAGAGGAGUUUGACACGGCGCUGUGACUCCACCCCCACAGUGGCACGAUGCGGGGAAAAGGC